UUUCCACUCUCCGAGAGCAGGAAACCCGGAGCAGCCGGGCGCAGCGGGGCCGCGAUGCAGCAGCAGCAGCAGCAGGAGUCGCCCCAGGGCAGCAGCGGCAGCGGCAGCAGAGGCAGCAGCGGGCGGCGCUGAGCCGCCACCACCGCUACUGAGGAAGAAGCCCGCCCAGCUGCAGCCGCGUCCCAACGCCCGCGCCCCCAAUCCCCGCGCCGCGACCUCGGCGCCCCAAACCCCACGCCCGAUUCCGCCAACUUUCACGCUGCUUCGGCGGCUCGGCCCGGCUUGGCGCCAAUGGUGGAGGCCAUAGUGGAGUUUGAUUACCAGGCCCAGCACGAUGAUGAGCUGACGAUCAGCGUGGGUGAAGUCAUCACCAACAUCAGGAAGGAGGAUGGAGGCUGGUGGGAGGGGCAGAUCAACGGCAGGAGAGGUUUGUUCCCUGACAACUUUGUAAGAGAAAUAAAGAAAGAUAUGAAGAAAGACCCUCUCUCCAACAAAGCUCCAGAGAAGCCCGUGCAUGAUGUAGCCAGUGGAAACGCUUUGCUGUCUUCUGAAACCAUUUUAAGAACCAAUAAGCGAGGCGAUCGACGGAGACGCCGAUGCCAGGUGGCAUUCAGCUACCUGCCCCAGAAUGACGAUGAGCUUGAGCUGAAAGUCGGGGACAUCAUAGAGGUUGUAGGAGAGGUAGAGGAAGGAUGGUGGGAAGGUGUACUCAAUGGGAAGACUGGAAUGUUUCCUUCCAACUUCAUCAAGGAGCUGUCGGGAGAGUCUGAUGAGCUUGGCAUUUCCCAGGAUGAGCAGCUGUCCAAAUCAAGGCUUGAAGGUUUCCCUCCAGCUUCUCUGCUACCCUUUCCAGCUCAUGGAGCAAAAGGAAAGACUACCUUUGAAGGGACAAUUCUGUACCGUGCUGCACCGGGAAAGACGGAGAGCCACAGACGCUAUUACAGCUUAAGAGAGACCACAGGCUCCGAGAGUGAUGGCGGUGACUCAAGCAGUACCAAGUCGGAAGGGGCCAACGGGACAGUGGCACCUGCAGCCAUCCAGCCCAAGAAAGUCAAAGGAGUGGGCUUCGGAGACAUUUUCAAAGACAAGCCAAUUAAACUAAGACCGAGGUCAAUUGAAGUAGAAAAUGACUUCCUGCCGGUAGAAAAGACAAUUGGGAAGAAGUUACCUCCAGCUACGUCAGCUCCAGAUCCAUCAAAAACAGAAAUGGACAUCAGAACAAAGACCAAGGAUUACUGCAAAGUAAUAUUUCCAUAUGAGGCACAGAAUGAUGACGAAUUGACAAUCAAGGAAGGAGAUAUAGUGACUCUCAUCAAUAAGGACUGCAUCGAUGUAGGCUGGUGGGAAGGAGAGCUCAAUGGCAGACGAGGAGUGUUCCCUGAUAACUUUGUGAAGUUACUUCCACCGGACUUCGACAAGGAAGGGAAUAGACCCAAGAAACCGCCACCUCCCUCCGCUCCUGUCAUCAAACAAGGAGCAGGUACCACAGAGAGAAAACACGAAAUUAAAAAGAUACCUCCUGAAAGACCAGAAACACUUCCAAACAGAACAGAGGAGAAAGAAAGACCAGAGAGAGAGCCAAAACUGGAUUUACAGAAGCCCUCUGUUCCUGCUAUCCCACCUAAAAAGCCUCGGCCACCUAAGACUAAUUCUCUGAACAGACCUGGUGCAUUGCCCCCAAGAAGACCUGAGCGACCAGUGGGUCCACUGACGCACACCAGGGGUGACAGUCCAAAGAUUGACUUGGCGGGCAGCGCACUCUCUGGCAUCCUGGACAAGGACCUCUCAGACCGCAGCAAUGACAUUGACCUAGAAGGUUUUGACUCGGUGGUAUCAUCUACUGAAAAACUCAGUCACCCAACCACAAGCAGACCAAAAGCUACGGGGAGGCGGCCUCCAUCUCAGUCGCUCACAUCUUCCUCCCUUUCAAGCCCCGAUAUCUUUGACUCCCCAAGUCCCGAAGAAGAUAAAGAGGAACACAUUUCGCUUGCGCACAGAGGACUAGACGUGUCAAGGAAGACUUCCAAGACUGUUACCAUAUCCCAAGUGUCGGACAACAAGGCAUCCCUGCCACCCAAGCCAGGGACCAUGGCAGCUGGCAGCAGUGGGUCAGCCUCUCUGUCCUCAGUGGCAUCCUCCCCCAUGUCAUCGUCUUUGGGAACAGCUGGACACAGAGCCAAUUCUCCAUCUUUGUUCAGCACAGAAGGAAAAGCAAAGGGGGAGCCUGCGGUCAGCAGCCAGGCUGCUGUGGAGGAGCUUAGGACCCAAGUCCGCGAGCUGAGGAGCAUCAUUGAAAGCAUGAAGGAGCAGCAGAAACGUGAGAUUAAGCAAUUACUGUCAGAGCUGGAUGAAGAAAAGAAAAUCCGACUUCGGUUGCAGAUGGAAGUGAAUGACAUAAAGAAAGCUCUUCAAUCAAAAUGAAUACCUGAUGAUUGAGGUGUCACAUUAUUCACCCUGAGUCCAAGACUCAAAUCUCCUGCCCCAGCCAAAAUCAUCUUGUGCCAAAAGAUUAAAGGUUUGCCUCAACACGUCCCUGUUUGAAUGAUUAGCACAAAAGUCUUGAUAGCACAACACAAAUUCCAUCCAAGAGGAGACUCUUUCCCAUGGUGUCGUCCUGGGUCUGGCAGUGCUUGUGAUUUACAGCCAAUUGUGCUAAAGGCUUUUCUACCUGUGAGAUCUCCUGCGAAAUGAUAACUCAGGCAGUUUAGUCCAGAGUAGUACUAUUUUGAUGAUAUUUUCCAUUAAUAAGAUGUAAUUUCAGAUUAUUCGUUUACAGGCUUUAUAAUUUUAUGAUUUUUUUAAGUCGUGUUUUGUCACAGACGCCCCUAGUGUUUGUGCUAAACUAGUCAAAAGCAAGUGUCUUGCUCACUUGCCGCAGGUGGGACAAACACCACCUAGCUUUGUAGUCCCCUUUAGGAUUCUAUUACAUAUGCAAUUUGAGGUCCAGCCCUUCCCUUCCCCUGCCAGCCGACCCCCACCACUCUGAGAGAAAUUUUAGCUUAUAUAUGAUGGUAUAUUUACAAAAAUAGAAAGAGAAAAUCUGGUAUUUGCAAUGAUCUGUGCCUUCUUUCUACCACCCUCUUGAUUGGAGCUUUUGUGAUGCAGCUACCAUGAUUCCAAAUUUAAAAAAAAAAGAAAAAAGAAAAAAAAAAAAAAUCAGCCACUUAUCCUUGUCCACUAGAGGCCGCUGUCUUCGAAGCUUCUCUCACCAUAGCCAAAGGUCCUAAGAGGAGACAGCUGGGAAGUCUGGCCUGCUCUUUGGUACCAGCUGUGACUUUUCAGUUUCUCCUACUUUGAGGUUGUUCAUGAAACUAGAAAUGUCAUUCCAGCUUGAUUGUUUUAUCAUCAGCCAAGUUAAACCCCUGCUUCCUGCCUUUUACACCUAUUGCGUGAACAGAAUAUGCAUUAUUAAAGCAAAAAUAAAUAAAAAUAAAAUGCAAAUGAAAA